CCGGGGGCGGGAGUCAGCUGAGCGGCCGCGGUGAGGUUGGGAUCGCCUGGGUUCGGCUCCUGAGGGCCGGUGAUCCCUUGAGGGCGGCAUUGGUGCGCAGGACUGAGCCAGAGUCAAGGGGGAGGGCUCCUCGGUCUUCUCGCUCUAUAAGGCGAGAUCGAGAUCUUCAGUAUUUUAAAUAAGAGGAGUGGACGGCAGAUUGCCAGGAUCUGGUAGAUCUCUGUGGAAGCUGGGGAGUCGCAGCUUCCAAUCCGUGGCGACGGGGAUCCCCUGGGGGGAAGCCCUGUUGUAAUCCCUGGGCCCGGGACGGAGGGCCCAGAGGCCGGGCACCAUGGCGUCCAUCCUGGAUGAAUACGAGGAUUCCCUGUCCCGGUCGGCAGUCUUGCAGCCCGGCUGCCCUAGCGUGGGCAUUCCCCACUCAGGGUAUGUGAAUGCCCAGCUAGAGAAGGAGGUGCCCAUCUUCACGAAGCAGCGCAUUGACUUUACCCCAUCUGAGCGUAUCACCAGUCUUGUUGUCUCCUGCAAUCAGCUCUGCAUGAGCCUGGGCAAGGAUACACUGCUCCGCAUUGACUUGGGCAAGGCAAAUGAGCCCAACCAUGUGGAGCUGGGGCGGAAGGAUGAUGCCAGAGUUCACAAAAUGUUCCUGGACCACACUGGCUCUCACCUGCUGAUUGCUCUGAGCAGCACUGAGGUCCUCUAUGUGAACCGUAAUGGACAGAAGGUACGGCCACUGGCACGCUGGAAGGGGCAGCUGGUGGAGAGUGUGGGCUGGAACAAGGCCCUGGGCACCGAGAGCAGCACAGGCCCCAUCCUGGUCGGCACUGCCCAAGGCCAGAUCUUCGAAGCAGAGCUCUCAGCCAGCGAGGGUGGGCUUUUCGGCCCUGCCCCGGAUCUCUACUUUCGUCCACUGUAUGUGCUAAAUGAAGAAGGGGGUCCAGCUCCUGUGUGUUCCCUUGAGGCUGAGCGUGGCCUGGAUGGGCGUGGUUUCGUAAUUGCCACCACUCGGCAACGCCUCUUCCAGUUCAUAGGCCGAGCAGCAGAGGGAGCUGAGGCCCAGGGCUUCUCGGGGCUCUUCGCUGCCUACGCUGACCACCCACCCCCAUUCCGUGAGUUCCCCAGCAGUCUGGGCUAUAGCGAGUUGGCUUUCUAUACUCCUAAGUUGCGCUCUGCACCCCGGGCCUUUGCCUGGAUGAUGGGGGAUGGCGUGUUGUAUGGAGCGUUGGACUGCGGGCGGCCUGACUCCCUCCUAAGUGAGGAGCGAGUCUGGGAGUACCCAGAAGGGGUAGGUCCUGGGGCCAGCCCACCCCUGGCCAUCGUCUUGACCCAGUUCCACUUCCUGCUGCUACUGGCAGACCGGGUGGAGGCAGUGUGCACACUGACGGGACAGGUGGUGCUGCGGGAUCACUUCCUGGAGAAAUUUGGACCACUGAAGCACAUGGUGAAGGACUCCUCCACGGGCCACGUGUGGGCCUACACAGAGCGGGCUGUCUUCCGCUACCAUGUGCAGCGAGAGGCCCGGGAUGUCUGGCGCACUUACCUGGACAUGAACCGUUUUGACUUGGCCAAAGAGUAUUGUCGAGAGCGGCCUGACUGCCUGGACACUGUCCUUGCCCGGGAGGCUGAUUUUUGCUUUCGCCAGCGUCGUUACCUGGAAAGUGCCCGCUGCUAUGCCCUUACCCAGAGCUACUUUGAGGAGAUUGCCCUCAAGUUCUUGGAGGCCCGACAGGAGGAGGCUCUGACUGAGUUCUUGCAGCGAAAACUGGCCAGUUUGAAGCCAGCCGAGCGUACCCAGGCCACACUGCUUACCACCUGGCUGACAGAGCUCUAUCUGAGCAGGCUCGGAGCUCUGCAGGGUGACCCAGAGGCCCUGAACCUCUACCGGGAAACACGGGAGCGCUUCCGUGCCUUCCUCAGCAGCCCCCGCCACAAGGAGUGGCUCUUUGCCAGUCGGGCCUCCAUCCAUGAGCUGCUUGCCAGCCACGGGGACACGGAACACAUGGUGUACUUUGCUGUGAUCAUGCAGGACUAUGAACGGGUGGUGGCGUACCACUGCCAGCAUGAAGCCUAUGAGGAGGCCCUGGCUGUUCUUGCCCGCCACCGUGACCCCCAGCUCUUCUACAAGUUUUCACCAAUCCUCAUCCGUCACAUCCCAUGUGAGCUGGUGGAUGCUUGGAUUGAGCUGGGUAGCCGGCUGGAUGCUCGGCAGCUCAUUCCUGCCCUGGUGAACUAUAGUCAGGGGGGUGAGGCCCAGCAGGUGAGCCAGGCCAUCCGCUACAUGGAAUUCUGUGUGAAUGUGCUGGGCGAGACUGAGCAGGCUAUUCACAAUUACCUGCUAUCGCUGUAUGCUCGAGGCCAGCCAGCCUCAUUGCUGGCCUACCUUGAGCAGGCUGGUGCCAGCCCACACCGUGUGCAUUAUGACCUCAAGUAUGCGCUGCGGCUCUGUGCUGAACAUGGCCACCACCGUGCUUGUGUCCAUGUUUAUAAGGUCCUGGAGCUGUAUGAGGAGGCUGUGGACUUGGCCUUGCAGGUGGAUGUGGACCUGGCCAAGCAGUGUGCUGACUUGCCUGAGGAAGAUGAGGAACUGCGCAAGAAGCUGUGGUUGAAGAUUGCCCGGCAUGUGGUGCAGGAGGAGGAAGAUGUGCAAACAGCCAUGGCCUGCCUGGCCAGCUGCCCCCUGCUCAAGAUUGAGGAUGUCCUGCCCUUCUUUCCUGACUUUGUCACAAUAGACCACUUCAAGGAGGCGAUCUGCAGCUCACUUAAGGCCUACAACCACCACAUCCAGGAGCUACAGCGGGAGAUGGAAGAGGCCACAGCCAGUGCCCAGCGCAUCCGACGGGACCUGCAGGAGCUGCGGGGCCGCUAUGGCACCGUGGAGCCCCAAGACAAAUGUGCUACCUGUGACUUUCCCCUGCUCAAUCGCCCUUUUUACCUUUUCCUCUGUGGCCACAUGUUCCAUGCUGACUGUUUGCUGCAGGCUGUGAGGCCUGGCCUGCCAGCCUAUAAGCAGGCCCGGCUGGAGGAGCUGCAGCGGAAGCUGGGGGCUGCUCCACCCCCUGCUAAGGGCUCUUCCCGGGCAAAGGAGGCCGAGGGUGGGGCUGCUGCUGGGGGUCCCAGCCGGGAGCAGCUCAAGGCUGACCUAGAUGAACUGGUGGCAGCUGAGUGUGUGUACUGUGGGGAACUGAUGAUCCGCUCUAUCGACAGACCCUUCAUUGACCCCCAGCGCUACAAGGAGGAGCAUCUCAGCUGGCUGUAGGAGGGUAUCGUGCCUGACGGGUGGGCAGGCAGUUGGAGGCAGCUACUUGCCCCCUCUUGGGAAGGCUACACCAUAGACCGCUGGGCUGUGACUGGGGCAUGGGGGGCAGUGGUGGAGUUUUAGCUGUGGCCUGCAAGGUGUUUAGCUGUGAGUGCAUCCUGCUGGCUGCCUGUGCUGUUCUUUAGAGAUGCUUUAGAGCUGCUGUUUGCCAGACCAUCAGCUGCCUCCCAUUAGAGGGUGUUAGCCUAGAGAAGUCAAUUCUGACCCCACACCGUCCCCCCUACAUCUGACAGCUCUUUUUUCCUUUUCAUUCCCCACACACAUCCUGUUCAUCUAGAGUGAGCACACAUUCUUCGUUUUUACUCUGGCUCAUUUUCCUCAGAGGCAGCCUUCUCUUAUGUCUGCCUCUGUGCAUCCAGCCACUGGUGGUGGGAAAGGUACUGGUGGUGAGCAUACUCGUGCACACUGCCUGGGGCUCUAGUGUGAGGGACAGAGGGCCUCAUGGAGGACAGCAGGAGAUGGUGCUGAGGGUGGAGAGCAUUAAACUGCCUGCAGUGCUCUGGCUGUGCUGGAGUUGAUGGCUUUGUGUUGAUGCUGGGCUGAGGGGCCUGUGAGUGAUCCAGGAGGGGCUGGGCUGCCAGGGCCUGCAUGCUUUCAAGUUUUGGCGCUUACUCCUUCACCUAGAGAUGUGAUGGGACCAUUUCGCCAUUUUCUGCUCUCUCCCUUCUCCCUCCCCUCUAACCUCUCUGACUCCAAGCCUCAGUUGGGAACUCCAGCCCACAGCACUCUCUUGGAGCAGAGACUGUUCUUCUCUCUGGCCAGCAGGUGGUAAUGCUUCCCACAGAAUCCUUUACACUCAGGCAGCUGAGUGCUCUGAUUUCUCACUUUGUCCAUUGUGCUUUCGCAGUCUGUUUUCUCCCUAGUUGACCCAAGAAUUUUCUGGGAGUCUGCACUGCCUAACCAUGAAUUUAAGCCCCUCAUUCUUUCUCCCUCUACCAGCCCUUAUGCAUGCUAGAUUUUCUUGCUCCUGUCUUUGCCAGCCUGGAUCUCUGCAUUCCAGCUUUGGUACCGGCCUUCCACAGUAUUUAACCAUCAUGUUGAGGUCCUGCCUGGAGGUGAGACUGCCACCUUCACCGCCACCAUCCCUGGCAUUUGGCAGAUGUGUUUUCUGCCUGUCUAGCUCCUGGGACCUGCUCCUCCCGCUAGAUUACACUUCUUUGGUUGGAGGGUAAGCCCUAGGGAGUCCUGGAACAGGACCUUACUGUGACAACACCUGAGCACCCUUUGCCCCAUGGACUGGUGUUCACAGUCCACUGCCUAGCUCUGUGGGUGUGGUCUAUCAGCUGCUGACUGAAAUAAAAUAAAUGAGUGUUCCUGGAA